UUGAGAAAACAGUGGCCAAUUUUAGUCAUGAUGUAAAUCAUUUCUCUUCUUUCCAUUUGGACAGUACACAUUGGAGUUGUCGAAACAGUGGGUGGUCAAUUGAUUCGUCUCUCCGUUACGAGGAUGAUGAUGAUGGACAUGGGCAUGUACGGGACCUAUGGCAAACCUGACUCAUAUCCUAACUAUGUGUUCUCGGGUCAAGGAAAUCAUCAUCAUCAUCACCACCACCAGCCUUCAUCCGUCGGUGGUCACGUGUCUGUGCCUCCUUCCCCAGAGGUAGCUCCAACUCAUUACUACCCCCAGACUGCAGUGGCGCCAUAUUCUUCAUCGUCUUCCGAGAGUUUCUUGACCGCCGAUUCGGGCACAUCGUCCAGUACGCCGCCUCAAGGCUUCUACUCUCCGACGGGUGCCGUUCUCCACGAGAAUGGCUCCACUACGGCGAUAAUUUCUUCGGAGAAUGGUCUGAGCUACACCAAUCUGGAUUACGCGUCAUCCUCAUCGUAUCCAAAUCAGCAGCAGCACGCAGUAGCCUCGGUGGAUCCGCAUCAAAGUUACCACGUUCAACAGCCUCCUUACAGAGAAGAUUCUCAUCAUCAUCAUCAUCACCAUCAUCCACCCAGUAGUAGCAGCUUGCAUCAAACUACGGUACCCCCAACUAGUCAUCCAAGAACGGAGCACGAUCAACAACUCCAUCAUCAAUCUUCUAGUCAUCACCAUCAUCAUCAUCACCAUGAACCCGAUUAUCCAAUAACAGUUGGUGGAACUUCGAAUUAUCUUCAUCAACUACCCUCCUCGGACGAAUCUUUGCAUUAUCAAACUCAGAUUCAACAGAGCGAGUUUUCCACGCAUCCGUCGGCACAUUAUAAAGAAGAGAACUCGGACACAACUACCUAUCACAUUUUGCAACAAUCCAGUCACCUUCAACAUCCUCAUCAGCACGGACAUCAUCAUCAACAACAACAUUCGCAUGCGCAUCAUUCGCAACAACAUCAGCAGCAACAACAACAGGCGCAAGUACCCACGUACAAGUGGAUGCAGGUCAAGAGAAAUGUACCCAAGCCAGUCGCAACGAAAGCAAAUCCUAACGUAAUCGAAUUUGGUGGCGGCGCAGCCGCGGGAUCAAACUCAUCCGUGUACGGAAGCACCGCCAGCGGAACAGUGAGCUGCAUCGCCGGUUCGUUGGCUGGUAUAGCCGGUAGCUUCAACAAUACAGGACGCACGAAUUUCACGAAUAAACAGCUCACCGAACUGGAGAAAGAAUUUCACUUCAACAAGUACCUGACGCGAGCGAGGCGUAUCGAGAUCGCUUCCACGCUGCAGCUUAACGAGACGCAGGUGAAGAUCUGGUUUCAGAACAGACGAAUGAAGCAAAAGAAGCGUAUGAAGGAGGGUCUGAUACCGGCGGAUAGCACGAACGUGACGCCUCUGAGCGGUGCUAGGAGCAGCAGUAAUUCUCCGACGGGCUCGUCCAGUCACGAAAUCGGCGGUCUCGGUUUAUCUAAUUUUUCUAGUGACAACAGAAGAGAAUCACCCCCAUCUUCCAAAGAUUGACGCGACUUUUGCUGCAGUAACGAACGGCACUAUGGUCUAUGAUUCGAUAAUUAGUAAAGCUCACUAAUCAGAGCUACUAAUUGGUUACUAAUCAGAGCUGAAAGUUUCAAAAGAAUCAUGACAAUUACUGCAGCCACGAGUCAUUUUUAAUUCAUUAUUUUUAAUUCACUAUUUCAGGCUGCAUCAUGAGAACAUAAUACGGCGAAACAGUUAAGACAAGUAAUGUCACUCUGUAUCCUGAAAGUAGAGAUAUGUGAUAUAUAUGUAUAUGUAUAUACGGGAUACAUCUAUCUUCCCGUUUCUAAACUAUAAUAAGAGUAAGUAUGACAUUGAUUGUAAUUCCAUCAUAUUGUACGGUUCAUCCGAAUUCAAAAGUGGCGAAUAAAAAUUAAGGCCACAAAAAAAGGUAUCAAUACGGUUUUAUAUUAUAAUGUUGUGUUCCGGAUCGUCUCUUCGUUCCGAUCCUUUUAUUUCUUUUAAU